CCGAGUCCGGAGCCCCGCCGCAAAAGCCAGAUUACACUGCCACUCUCGCUAUGAUGGAGGAGCUGGCAGACGGCGUGGACAUGCCGCCCUUUCCGGGAUCGAACUUUGUGCUGCUGAGAAUCACUUUCCCAACCGCCGAUGCGGAGAUGGUUCAUAAGGGGCCACCGGAUAUCUUGAAACGAAGAUUUCAGAGAGUCUUUAAUCAGGUACUUGAUAUUAUGAUUAUAUUAUCUGGACAUAUAGCUUAAUCUGGACAUAUUCAAAAUAAUAGGGACAAUAUCUUGAUUAUAUUAUCUGGACAUAUAAUAGAUUAAUAGAAUGGCAUUUUUUUUAUAUCUCUCCUAGUUAGGACGUCGGCUCUACCAUUAUUAAUUGGGAGGUGGUCCAAUUCGCAAUUAUUGAUGUCUUCAGAAUGAUAAGAUUCAUAGUUCUUUGGUGUGAAAAGUAGGUAACAAGUCAUGUUGAGUUACAACAUCAACGAACUAUCUUCUACCAAGAAUCACAAGAAUGAAAACCCAAACACCUCCUUUGUCCAUGAUGAGGAAACAAACACGCAGGAGUAACCACUCGACACUACACAGGUCUGUUCCCGAUUUGUCGAGUUGCGCGACUUGACUGUCGUCGGCUUUUCGUCCAACCCCUUGAGUGUGAUUCUGAGGGUGGUGGAAACGGCGAAAGAAG